CCCAAUCGGAGAUACUGGUGAAGAGGGAAAAGAGACACCUCUCUGUCCGGCCACUGCCCUGCGAAACUUCCUCCCGCUUCCAGGCAUCAGCAUCCUCGAUAAACUCAUCAAGACGUGUCCUGUCUGGCUGCAGCUGAACAUGAACCAGGAAAGAGCUGGGGCGAUCCUUGGAAAAGAAACAGCAGGGAUAUUCUUGGUUAGGAAAGAGGGUAAUGUGAACAACAUGGUCCUUGCAGUCCGCCUGCCAGUACAGAACGAGGCUCCUGGUGUGCUGGAAUACAACAUUAAAGAAGAAAAAUCAAUUCUGUACCUGGAAGGAUCUGUCCUUGUAUUUGAGGAUGUCUUCAAACUGGUUGCUUUCUACUGUGUAAGUAGGGAUUUGCUGCCCUUCACCCUGAAGCUGCCACAAGCAAUACUAGAAGCCAGUACCUUUCAAGACCUUGAAAUUAUCUCUAGUCUGGGGAUAGAUUUCUGGGAUUCCUCCUUAAACCACAGAAUAAAAGAGGAGUUAUUCCACUCUGCAAAAGACUCUGCUUUCAGCACUGCCCAGGCAGACAGCUUAAGAUCUACCCAGUGUUUUGCAAGUAACACAAACCACUGCUCAUGUGAAAUUGAGCUGUCGAUAGGAAAUGACAGGCUGUGGUUCGUGAAUCCUAUUUUUAUAGAAGAGUGCAGCAAUCCUUUUCCCCCAGAUGUACCUCCUCCUAAAAGCCAUGCUGUGAGCGCCAAUCUGCCCCCUGCCACCACGCUCGCCGAAAGGAGGUCUCCCUGUCGCCCCCCUCCACCUCCACCUUCUCACACGCACGGUCAGAAAUCUUCUGUGAAGCUCCUGCGGGAUGCCAUGACUGCCUGUGAAGAAGACAAUCUGCUUCUCCAGCCGCUAGGAAAGAGCGUCAAGGAAAUGAAAAUUGAGGGCAGUGGCAAUAAAGAAGAAGAAGGGAAGCAGAGCUGCUCAGUCAAGGAGCCCUCAGCAGCAAGCCCCAAGAAGGGCUCCCAGCCCUCUGUCCCCCCGCGGAGGCGGCUAUGCGAGAGAACCUCGGAGGAGAGCCCUGUGGGUAAGCCUGGAAGUUGUGAAACGCUGAAAGGGGAAGGGACGGAAGAAAAACAAGACCCAAGUACAGAGAGCAGAGAUAAAAAGUCACUGUGCAAAGACGCUGUAGAAAUGCCUGGGGAGGUUCCUGAAAGGGCUGUAUCACAGUUUCAGGAGACAAAGCCUGAACCUGCAGAGAAGAAGGAGGACAUGCCUGAGAUACAAAGCAAUGCCAUUAAGACUGCAAAGUCACCUCCUAUCCCACCUCCAAGAAGGAAGAGGCUUUCCCAGGUGCCAAAGACCCCCAACUCCUGCGAGCCGAAGCAAACAACAGCGGCAGAGACAGCCACAGCCAAGGCGCAGGCUUUGUCCAAGAGAAGCUUGGCUACAGUGGCAGGUGGUGCCACUUGCACACACACCAAGGCUGAACUGGGACACAGUCGCAAAUCCAACAGCUCAGCCGAACUGAAAGGUUCGCACUCCUCCCUGGAGGGCCCAGGAGGCAGCGCCAUGGCUCAGACGUCAGAUUCCUACUCCACCAGCAGCACAGAGGAUGAGCCGGAGAUGCUGAGUAGUUCAUCUGGUAAAAAGACACGCUCCGUGAUCUUGGACAAGGCCAAGAACAGGCUUUCCUUUGUCAGCCUGUCCAAUGUCUUCACAGUCUUUUUGUCUAGUGACAGGAAGCUGCAGAAGAAGAUAGUGGAGCUGGCACAGGACAAGGAUUCGUACUUUGGCAACCUGGUGCAGGACUACAGAGUGUACAGUUUAGAGAUGAUGGCAAAACAGAGCUCCAGCACAGAGAUGCUACAAGAAAUCCGGAUGAUGAUGACGCAGCUGAAGAGUUAUUUAGUGCAGAGCACCGAGUUGAAAUCUCUGAUAGACCCAGCCUCCUACACCGAGGAACAGUUAGAAGUGAUUGCUGAGACGGCUUUGUACAAAUGUGUCCUGAAACCUUUGAAAGAAGCCAUUGAUUCUUACUUAAAAGAAAUCCACAACAAAGACGGGUCUUUACAGCAGCUAAAAGAGAACCAACUUGUGAUACAAAACACAACUACCACUGACCUAGGCAUCACGACCAGUGUGCCUGAAACUGUUGUGCUGGACAAGAUCCUUCACAAGUUCACCACCAUGCACAAGGCCUACUCCCCGGAAAAGAAGAUUGCCACCUUGCUUAAAUCCUGCAAACUCAUAUAUGACUCCAUGGCUCAUGGAAACCCAGGGAAGCCAUACGGUGCAGAUGACUUCCUCCCUGUGCUGAUGUAUGUGUUGGCCCGCAGCAACUUGACUGAAGUCCUUCUGAAUGUGGAGUACAUGAUGGAGCUCAUGGAUCCUGCUCUGCAGUUAGGAGAAGGAUCCUAUUAUUUAACCACCACCUAUGGGGCCUUGGAGCACAUCAAGAACUAUGACAAAAUCACCGUCACACGGCAGCUGAGCAUGGAGGUGCAGGACUCCAUUCAUCGCUGGGAGCGACGGAGGACACUGAGCAAGGCCCGGGCUUCCCGCUCAUCAGUGCAGGAUUUCAUCUCUAUCUCCUUUCUGGAAAUUGGUGCUCAGUCAAGGACGCUUGCUUCCCGGAAUGACACCACGGCUGAGCAGCUGAGCCAGCAGUGUGCCGAAAAGUUUGAAGUCUCCCAUCCCAAGGACUACGGACUCUUUGUUUAUGUUGAUGACCAGUGGCUGCAGCUGCACAAAGAUGCCCUUCCUCACCAUAUCAAAGCCUCUCUGCUGAAGAGUGAAACCAAGAAAGACUUCCAUUUUAUUUAUAAACCAAUAGACCAUAAAACCCCACCAGUUCCAAUUGUCAGAGAGUCAGACUUUCCCUAA